AAAAUUUUAGAAUAAAUUACACACUAAUAAUCUAUUGGAUGGAUAAAAGAUUCAAACAUACUUUAGUUGCCCAUAAAAUAUGUCCUUACUGUAUGAAAGUCCUAACAGUUAUGAGACACAAAAAUGUGAAAUUCGAAAUCAAAUUCAUUGAAACUCACAAUAAACCAGAAUGGUUUCUUAGAAUUAGUCCUCUAGGGAGCGUACCCAUUCUAAUCAUAGGAGAAGAAAUUGUUUUAUCAGAAUCGGCAGUAAUUAUGGAAUAUAUUGACGAAAUCACUCCUCCUAAAUUGAUGCCAGAUGAUCCUCUAGAGAAAGCUAUAGACAGAGCCAAGUUCGAAUUUUCCAAUGAGAUUAUUCGAAAUCUUUAUUCUUUCAUUUUCUCUACUGAAUAAGAAAAAUUUGUUAGAUAAAAAGAAUGGCUAAUGAAACAUUUCAAAUGGAUCGAAGAAUGGUUAAAGGACAAAAAGUACAUAAACGGAAAUGAGCUAUCCCUGGUGGACCUAAGUUUUGUUCCAUUGUUUGUUGCAUUGAAUAUGCUCAAAUCUACAUUACCAUGUGAUAUGUUGAAAGACUUUAAAAGAUUAAAAAUGUAUGGAGAAAUGAUAACAUCCUUGCCUUGUGUGAAAACUGGGAGAGUUCCAGAUUAUGAAUUUCUGAUGAUCGAUGGCAUCAAGAGUCAGAAUACAGUUCUCUAUAGAUCUAAUCCAUGUUACUUCAAUAACGGUGUUAAGCCUUAAGGAUGUUGUCUCUUUCGUAAUUGAUUAGUUUUAUAAAUCAAUUUUUCUUCCUUAUUAUUGCUAAUUUCAUUCUA